CGCUGUGGAAGAGAAAAGUUUCGAAAUCAUGAAAAUCGCAUUCAUUGCCCUCGUGGUCUUGCUCGGAGUAUCCGCCAGCAGAGCUGUGCGUCUGGUGGACACACCCAGCAACCAGAAGGGUGGAGCUCAGGGACGCGUGGUGGGAGGUGAAGUGGCCGAAGUGGGUUUUGCCAAAUAUCAAAUUUCCCUGCAGGGCAUGUAUGGUGGCCACAUGUGUGGUGGAGCCAUUAUUGCCGAACGUUGGGUCGUGACCGCAGCCCAUUGUGUGGAUGGCUUCAACCCCUCGUACCUACGUGUCAUUAGUGGCACCAAUGUCUACUUUAAACCUGGUGCCACCCACGAGGUUCAAGAAUUUUGGAUGCACUGCAACUAUGAUAAUCCUGUGUAUCACAAUGACAUUGCCAUAUUGCUACUCACCGAACCAAUUGUCUUCAACGAGCUGACUCAGCCAAUUCCUUUGGCAGUGACUCCUCUGCAAGAUGAUGAUGACGUGAUUCUAACUGGCUGGGGUGAUAACGUGCUGUGGGGUGGAACUCCGGACAAUUUGCACAAACUUAAUACGAAAUUUAUGAGCUACAAGAAAUGCAAUGAAACUUAUGUUGGUGCCUCAAUGUUGGAUGUUGGUCAUAUCUGCACCUUCACUCAAGUAGGCGAAGGUUCUUGCCAUGGCGAUUCCGGUGGUCCCUUGGUCAGUGAUGGCUACUUGGUAGGCUUGGUUAACUGGGGCAUGCCUUGUGCCGCUGGCUAUCCGGAUGCUUAUGCCAACGUUUACUACUAUCGUGAUUGGAUACGCAAGAUAAUGAGUGAAAAUUGCCGUUCCUGCCAGUGUAGUGCCAGUAAUUAUCGAAUGGCCAAAAAUAUGAGAAAUGUGGCUAAUGCACAUAAGAUGUAGAGAUUUUG